ACUAGUACUAAUGUCACUUCGUUUUCCGCUUUGCUGUCUCCACCUCUACUUGCGCUUCGCUUCAGUAUCCACCAACGAUAAAGUCGACGUCAUCUUUGCGGGCAGGGUGUAAUGUUUUGUAAAAUACUUUAAUUGUUGGGUGUCUAAGAACAAGAGUGUUUUAACCUCUCGGAAAAUGGUGCUGAUAGCUGCUGCGGUUUGUACAAAAGCAGGCAAAACAAUUGUAUCUCGACAAUUUGUUGAGAUGACAAAAGCGCGGAUUGAAGGCCUGCUGGCUGCAUUUCCAAAACUUAUACCUACUGGAACGCAACAUACGUUUGUAGAAACUGAUUCAGUUCGUUAUGUAUACCAACCAUUGGAGCGCCUGUAUAUGCUGUUAAUAACUACAAGAGCCAGCAACAUACUGGAAGAUUUAGAAACUUUACGAUUAUUUGCAAAAGUUAUUCCAGAAUAUUGUCGUUCAUUUGAGGAAAAUGAAAUUGCAGAAAAUGCUUUUUCAUUGAUUUUUGCAUUUGAUGAAAUUGUAGCGUUGGGUUACCGUGAAAGUGUUAAUUUAACACAGAUUCGAACAUUUGUUGAAAUGGAUUCACAUGAAGAAAGAGUAUAUCAAGCUGUACGCCAGACACAAGAAAGGGAAGCCAAAAAUAAAAUGCGGGAGAAAGCAAAAGAAUUACAGCGUCAGCGAAUGGAGGCUGCGAAAAAGGGUGUAAAACCUUCAUUUGGCAGUAGUGGAGGUUUUGGUAGCUCAUCAGGUUACACUCCAUCACCUUCCGUUGGGGACACAGCCAAUAUUUCAAAUGAUAUCAAGCCUCCAACAUACAUUGCACCUCAAAAACCAACAAGCCGCGGAAUGAAACUAGGAGGAAAGGGUCACGAUGUUGAAUCGUUUGUAGAUCAGUUAAAAUCUGAAGGUGAAAAUGUUGUUGCACCGCUAAACAGUAUUUCUCAAGGAGGAUUGAAAAUGCCAGCGAUCAAAUUAGAUGGCAAUGAUGUUCAUUUGAGAUUGGAGGAGAAGUUGAUUGUACGGAUGGGACGUGAUGGUGGUGUUCAACAAUUUGAAUUAUUGGGUCUAGUGACAUUACACAUUGCUGAUGAAAAAUGGGGUCGAAUUCGUGUACAAUUAGAAAAUAAAGACACUCGCGGUGUGCAGUUACAGACUCAUCCAAAUGUGGACAAGGAGUUAUUCAAACUGCGUUCUCAAAUUGGAUUGAAACAACCAUCAAAACCAUUCCCAUUGCACACUGAUGUAGGUGUUCUUAAAUGGAGAUUACAAAGCACAGAUGAAAAUUUAGUGCCACUUCUUAUAAAUUGUUGGCCUUCUGAAGCAGGCGACGGCAGUUGCGAUGUCAACAUAGAAUAUGAACUUGCAGAUACCGAUUUGGAACUUACAGAUGUAAAUAUUUCCAUUCCGUUACCAAUUGGUUGUAAUCCAGUUGUGGGCGAAUGUGACGGUUCAUGCACACAUGAAUCAAGACGCAAUCAAUUGACAUGGAGUCUACCUCUUAUAGAUUCUAGCAACAAAUCUGGUUCACUAGAAUUUAGUGCACCACGCUCUAUUCCAAAUGAUUUUUUUCCAUUAACUGUUGUAUUUUGUGCAAAGUCAUCAUAUGCAAAUAUUAAGAUCGUCGAUGUGUUAAUGGUGGAUGAUGAUUCUCCCGUUAAGUAUUCUGUGGAAAAUGUUCUAUUUCCUGAUAAGUAUGAAAUAGUGUAAGUGUUACUGUAGGGUAAUGUAAUUACUAGAAUUAUAACACACAAUUUACUUGUAUAAAUAUUACUAAUAUGUUAUUCUGUCUUGGUUUUUGUACAAAAUUUUUAAGAAGUUUGUUUUAUUUUUGUCUAUAUAAAUAAAGCAAGUCAUGAGUAUAUUUAUAA